ACAUUUGGCAGAUGUUCAACUAAGUGGUCCGAUUCAGUUUUCAUUUGAGAAUUUGACGCGAUUGGUUGUGCUUGACAUUUCAUCCAACAAUUUGCAAGUAUUGACUGAGCUGAAAGCUGUGAUCUUGAAAUUCAAUAUGUUCCAUGGUCCAAUAGAAACAUAUCGAAGCCAGUUCAACUUCAGCAAUUUGCAUAUCAUGGACCUUUCCAACAAUAGUUUCAAUGGUGAACUUCCUUCUAAGUUACUGCAGAGUUUUCAUGCCAUGAAAAUAAUUGUUGGUCAAGAUCGGUUGGAAUAUAUGUAUACUUUUUCAGGGCUCCCUCCGUCCUUCUACAUAUCUGCAAUAGUUACCAUUUAUGUGGAUAUUCAGCAAGUGGUUGAUAGGUAUAAAACAACCUAUGGAAUGAAGCUGAUGAAUAAAGGCACAGAAAUGGAAUACUCGAAGGUUCCUUAUGCCCUUAUGGGAAUUGACCUCUCCAAUAACAAAUUCGAAGGAUGCAUACCCAAUCUUGUUGGAGAUUUGAAGUCACUUCUCAUGCUUAAUCUUUCGAACAACAUUCUCACUGGUUCCAUCCCGCCUUCCUUAGCAAACCUAACAAAGCUGGAAUCUUUAGAUCUUUCUCGGAACAAUCUCUCGGGAGAGAUACCUCAACAACUAGCCCAACUUACAUUUCUUUCAUCUUUUGAUGUCUCUCAUAAUCAACUAUCGGGACCAAUACCACAAGGAAGUCAGUUCGACACAUUUGGGACCCAUUCAUUUGCCAUGAAUAAGGGGUUGUGUGGAAGUCCUUUACCAAAUAAAUGCACAAAGGUUGGGGAUAACUUACCAUUUCCAACAUCAUUGCUCGAGGAAGAAAAUGGGGAAGAGUCUCCAUUUGACUUGAAUUGGAAAGUUGUGCUAAUUGGCACUGGAGUCGGGUUUUUGAUUGGCGUUGUGCUAGGGAACGUGAUCAUUGACGAAAAGAGUAGGUGGUUCUUGCACUACUCCAAGAGAAUGGCAAAAAAGUGGAAAAGAUUGGGAAGGCACUGAGCAAUAAGGAAGUGUGCAUCUAGUCGGAUACUUAUGUGACAUUUAUUAGUAAUGUAAAUUGUCGUGUGUCUAAUUUGUAUUAAAAAUAGUCACAAAUUCCUUAGAUUUUGAUCUAUGUUUGCUUCAUGUGAACUCGUGUGGUUCGUAAGUUAUGGUAUGUAGACGUUGUUUUCUUGUAUAUUAUUCUUUCUGACUGUUUUUCCUAGAACAUCAUAUUAUAUCGG